CAUGCUUUCUGAACAGCGCAGGUCGGAAGCGACUGCUUUUGUCAACUUCUAGUACAGCAACUAUAGAAAGGGGAUCCCUCUAGAGCUCGUUGUAUAAUUAUACACUGCUUCAGCGACCCUGAUUAUCCAAUGGAUGAUUAGCAACAUCCUGCUCACACACGGACACCAUGGGCAACGGGUGACAGCACUUGCUCCAGCACAUCACUUCCUCCACCAGAGGCUUACCAGAGCCAUCACUUGCUUGUCAGGUCCUCGGCUCGUGUUUACCUCCCUGCAUUCUCUUCGGAGCUUCUCUCCAGGGUACUGGAGGCGAUUUAUCCUGUGGGACUGAGGUCCCCGUAGGAUGGAGAGGGCAAUGGAGCAGCUAAAUCGCCUGACUCGCUCAUUGCGCAGAGCCCGCACAGUGGAGCUGCCUGAAGAUAACAAAACAGCUGUUUAUACAUUGAUGCCAAUGGUUAUGGCUGAUCAACACAGAUCGGUAUCAGAGCUUCUCUCAAAUUCCAAGUUUGAUGUCAACUAUGCAUUUGGGAGAGUAAAAAGAAGUUUACUUCAUAUUGCAGCAAAUUGUGGAUCUGUGGAGUGUCUGGUUCUUCUUUUAAAGAAAGGAGCUAAUCCAGAUUACCAGGAUAUUUCAGGCUGCGCACCACUUCACUUGGCAGCUCGAAAUGGACAGAAGAAGUGCAUGAGUAGAUUAUUAGAAUACAAUGCAGAUGUCAAUAUCCGGAACAAUGAAGGACUGACUGCUAUACAUUGGCUUGCUGUAAAUGGUAGAACAGAACUCCUUCAUGACCUUGUACAACAUGUCACCAAUGUUGAUGUGGAAGAUGCAAUGGGACAAACAGCGCUGCAUGUGGCCUGUCAAAAUGGACACAAAACAACUGUACUCUGCUUAUUGGACAGUGGUGCAGAUAUAAACCGGCCAAAUGUGUCAGGAGCUACACCUUUAUAUUUUGCAUGCAGUCAUGGUCAGAGAGAUACAGCACAGAUUCUUUUAUCUCGUGGUGCCAAGUACCUUGCAGAUAAGAAUGGUGUCACACCUCUUGAUCUUUGUGUACAGGGUGGUUAUGGAGAAACCUGUGACAUUCUUAUACAGCAUCAUCCAAGACUCUUCCAGGCAUUAAUUCAAAUGACACAGAAUGACGAUAUCAAAGAAAAUAUGUUAAGGCAGGUCCUUGAACAUUUGUCACAGCUGAAUGAAAGCCAGUACCUUAAGAUUCUUACAAGCCUUGCUGAAGUGGCUACAACGAAUGGUCAUAAACUUCUAAGUAUUUCAAGCAAUUAUGAAGCUCAAAUGAAAAGCCUCCUCCGGAUUGUACGGAUAUUUUGUCAUGUAUUUCGCAUUGGCCCUUCCUCUCCCAAUAACGGAAUCGACAUGGGUUACAAUGGAAACAAAACUCCCAGAAACCAGGUGUUCAAGGUCAGAAAAGUAUAUGACGUGUUUAGGAAGAUAGACGGUAACGAGAUGAAUUUGACAAAGCAUGCACUCAUUAAUCAGAACACUACUGUGCAGGACCCUCUUGAAUUACUAUGGCAUUCCUUAGAUGAAUGGCUGGCACUUAUAGCUACUGAACUGACUAAAAGCAAGAGCGACUCCACAGACAUAGCCUGCAUACUGCAAAAGCAAAAGCCACCGGAUCAACAAGAUAUUUCUCUCGCUCAUCAAUCAGACAUUGGAACAAAUGGAAGCCAGGAGCCUCUAUCAGUUUCACCAGGCGCAGGGGACUUUGAGAGCUAUGAUGUUGCUGGGAAGCAGGAAGCUGUUGCAGAUGGUCAGGAUGUUAUCUCUAUGACAGCAAAUCGACUUAGUGCUGUUAUUCAAGCCUUCUACAUGUGCUGCUCUUGUCAGAUGCCUCAGGGAAUGACUUCACCACGUUUUAUUGAAUUUGUUUGCAAACAUGAUGAAGUUCUUAAAUGUUUUGUGACAAGGAACCCUAAAAUAAUUUUCGAUCACUUUCAUUUUCUUUUGGAAUGUCCAGAACUGAUGUCCCGUUUUAUGCAUAUUAUAAAAGCACAGCCAUUUAAAGAACGAUGUGAAUGGUUUUAUGAACACUUACUUGCUGGACAACCUGAUUCCGAUAUGGUGCAUAGACCUGUAAAUGAAAAUGAUAUAUUACUUGUCCAUAGAGAAUCUAUUUUUAGGAGCAGCUGUGAAGUUGUAUUUAAAUCAAACUGUGAAAAGCUUAAGCAAGGGAUUGCUGUACGAUUCCAUGGAGAAGAAGGCAUGGGUCAGGGUGUGGUCCGGGAAUGGUUUGAUAUAUUAUCCUCAGAAAUUAUUAAUCCUGACUAUGCACUCUUCACACAAUCAGCAGAUGGUACAACUUUUCAGCCGAACAGCAACUCAUCAGUUAAUCCAGACCAUUUGAACUACUUCAGAUUUGCAGGACAAAUCUUGGGUUUAGCUCUCUACCAUCGACAACUCGUUAAUAUUUAUUUUACAAGGUCCUUUUACAAGCACAUCCUCGGUAUCCCAGUAAAUUAUCAAGAUGUGGCUUCCAUUGACCCAGAGUAUGCAAAGAACUUGCAGUGGAUUUUAGAUAAUGAUAUUAGUGACCUGGGACUAGAACUUACUUUCUCUGUUGAAACAGACGUAUUUGGAGCGAUGGAGGAAGUUCCCUUAAAGCCUGGUGGAGCAAGCAUCCUUGUUACACAAGACAACAAGGAAGAAUAUGCCCAGCUUGUUACUGAACUUCGUAUGACAAGAGCCAUUCAGCCACAAAUCAAUGGAUUUUUACAGGGGUUUCAUAUGUUUAUACCACCGUCUCUAAUCCAACUGUUUGAUGAAUUUGAGCUGGAGCUUCUACUAUCUGGAAUGCCGGAAAUUGAUGUUAAUGAUUGGAUCAAAAACACAGAAUACACAAGUGGCUAUGAAAAAGAUGACCAAGUGAUUCAGUGGUUUUGGGAAGUGGUUCAGGAACUGACACAGGAAGAGCGGGUUUUGCUUUUACAGUUUGUCACAGGCAGUUCACGCGUACCUCAUGGAGGAUUUGCACAUAUAAUGGGUGGAAGUGGACUUCAGAAUUUCACUAUAGCAGCUGUAGCGUAUACUUCAAAUCUGCUGCCUACAUCAAGCACAUGUAUCAACAUGCUUAAGUUGCCUGAAUACCCAAGUAAAGAAAUCCUAAAGAACAGACUUCUUGUGGCAUUACAUUGUGGAAGCUAUGGUUAUACAAUGGCAUAAUGAAGAAAGAAAAACUCAUUAGACUACUAAUGCACAAUUCAGAGUGGCAGAAACAAUUUAGAAAACUGUCACGAAAAAAGAAACUAGAUAUUGCCCAUGGGCUGGGCUGACUUACAAAGAUUUGUAAAUUACCUAUUUUCUCCUUGAUUAGUUGUUGCGUAUAUUGUAGGUGUAAUUUUGGUCUAAAAUCAAUGGAUCUGCUCUUUAAGCCAUAUUGUAUUACCACUACAGCUAUAGAAUAACAAGUAAGGGGCACCAUUUUAAGCGAGUUAUAUUGAAAGCAUUUUUCUUAUUCCUUGUUUUCCGAUUGUUUUUCCAGAUGUUUAUUCUAUGCCGUCUAUUUUAAAGUGAAGUUAACCAUUUAAGAUGUCUUUGUUAAAAUGUGUCUUUAGCAAAAUCAGUUUUUGAGACACACACA